CCUUGAGGAUUUUUUUUAAAUAUAAAUGUCAAUAUUCAAAUGCCUUAUUGUGUCUUUCUUCCUCUCCGACCACUCCUGUGACCUCAGCUACCUCAUCGCCUGUUUCCAUUCACACACCCGUUCCACCUUUUCUGUCGCAAAUUUCACCUCCCUCUCCGUCGCCAACAAUCUUUCCAUCUCUGCCCUCCCCUUCUCUCGGCACCACACCCUCCCCCCCUCCCCUCGGCAGCAGCUCCGGAGAGUCAGCAGAAGGAGUCGGCUGCCCUCUGACGACGUCACCCUCCACUCUGAUUGUCAGGUUCGGAGAUCCAUUCACAGCCAACUGCUCCGUAUCAAGGCCCGGUUUUCCUUUUCUUGGUUGGGAAGUGUCGCUGGAACCUCCUGGAACCACGGAUCGUUUGUUUCUGGCCUGGAGAGUGAAGCGGAUGACCGAGUGGAGCAUCAGCCCAACGUGCUUUGCAGUACUUGAACAGGGAGGACAGUGUUACAUUCAUCUCCCCGUUAUAGUCUACAAACCUCCUGAUAGCGUGUCCAUCAGCUUUGUGAACCACACCGGGCCAAUGUUUGAGGGUCGCGAGUACACUCUGCAGUGUUCAGUGCUGGACGUUGCUCCUGUUGGGGACCUCACUGUGACUUUCUACAAAGGGCAGACAGCACUGGGUCAACAGCAGGCCAACAACAAUACAGAGAAGAAACCAGUGACUGAGAUCUUCACUUUAAAUAUCACACCCAGAAAAGAGGACGAUGGAGCCCAGUUCUGGUGUGAAGCAAAGCUAGAACUGGGAACUGAAGGACCACAGCCCCCUCCGCUGGUGAUGUCACAAAAACUCUCUGCUGCAGUCCUUUUUGGACCACAGCUCAUGUGUCCUACAAAGCUGCAGGUGAAAGAGGGGGAGAGCCUCAGCUGUGAGGUGAGAGGAAACCCUAAGCCAUCAGUCACCUGGUCCAGAGAGGGGCAGGUAGUUGACCUGCCCACUCACUCGAGCAGAGAGCAUGCUGGGAAAUACACAAUCUGUGCAAUAGGACUUCUUGGGCAGAAAAACUUUACAGUGGAGGUGGAGGUCCUCACUGGCAGUGGAACUACAAACAGCUGUAAUAGACUUUUCCUGCUGGCCUUCUUGCUGAUAAACUGGCUAUAAAACCUUAAAGAAGCCAACGUGAUGUACUUUACAUGCGGUCUGGAUGAACAGCUCCUGCUGGGAGAACUUGUUUUGCAUUGCUUCUCUUUUGUUCAAACGGAAUACUUUUGCAUUUUUUUGUGCAUCUUCAUUUUUAAGCAGUGGGGUCUCACUAAAAGCAGAUAAGUUAUUUCUGAGAGCUCCUGCACAGGUACAUUUUCUUACAGUAUGUCAUUAAACACAUGGUCUCUAUAGUCUCCAGAAAAGACAACUUCCAUAUUUCAAGACUGAAAGCUGAUGUAGAACUAUUUCAGUUUUUGUAUAAAUUAAUAAUCAACAAUCAUCGUGUAUUUUUUCCUCUUGUCUGAUUCUUUUAAAAGCGUGUUCAUGACACAUGCCCAACAGUGUUUGUGUCCGUUCAUUCUACAUAAACUCAGUUGUCAUCAGGUCUUCUUUCAUUUAGGUUAUGUAGGAGUGGAAGAAAAUAUCACUACGCUUGAGUAUCGCAAGGUUUUGUGAUACUGUAUUGAUUCCUGUAAACACUACUAUUUGACAUGCAAAGAUUCUUAGUAGACAUAUUACACAAAGAGAAGUGUGUUCUAUGUCAGUUUUCCUUAAAAAAAAGUUUUGUAAAUGCAAUAUAUUGCCUUUUAAUACAAUAUUGCAAUGUAUAACAAUAUAUUGAAAUAUAUCACAAUAUACUGAAUCAGCCCCUGUAUCCUGAUAGUGUAUUUUAGUGUAGUUUACAUUCUGACAUUUGGACUGUCCUGCUUAUUCAAGAACAAACUAUGGUCAGAAUUAAUAUAACUGCAGGUCAAUCAUAGAGGUCUGGCAAAUAAUUGGUCCAUAAAAAAAAAGUUAUUAGUUACUGGUAACAUGUUUAAAAAGUGUGAUUGAAACUUCACUUCAUCUGGCCUGAACUCACAAUACUCAGUCACUCAUUGCUGCAGUAUGAGACCAUGGCUUUAAAAUUUGUUAAAAUGCAGCCGGGCCACUCUAA